GAUCACGUGUGCAUGGUGCGUAUUCCAAACAGUGAUUCUCAUUUCAGCUCGAACUUUGUAAUCUUUUUAGAAAAGGUGGUCUUUUAAGCUAACAAUCGUGUGUUUGUGUUGAUUUUUUCGCUCACCUGCUGAUGUCUGUAUAACCCCAGACAACCGUCGGGACUGACGCAGCUAAUUCUUAGCGGCAUUAUUUCUGUUUUGGCAAAAACCUGCACGUGCUCCUUCAUUUUCGUGAGAACCAAAUGUUGAGCCCGAAGCAACUCACCCUGGUUCUGGUGGUCCAGCCGGGAAAAGUUCUGCUGGGAAUGAAGAAGAGGGGGUUCGGAGUGGGCAAAUGGAACGGUUUCGGUGGGAAAGUUCAGCCAGGAGAAACGAUAGAGGAUGCUGCUAGGAGGGAACUGCAGGAAGAGAGUGGCCUCACGGUGGACGUCCUGCACAAAAUAGGAAAUAUCAAGUUUGAAUUUGUCGGCGAAACGCAGCUGCUUGAUGUCCACGUUUUCAGAGCCGACUCGUUCAACGGAGAACCCAGCGAAUCAGAUGAAAUGAGGCCUCAGUGGUUUGAAUGGGACAAAAUUCCUUUCAAUCAGAUGUGGGCCGAUGAUAAACUUUGGUUCCCCCUGAUGCUCCAGAAGAAGAAGUUUGUCGGAUACUUCAGGUUCGAGGGUCACGAUGUGAUUCUCAGCCACACGCUGGAGGAGGUGCAGGAGCUCUGAGAUCAACGUUUGGGACCUAGCAACCAUCAGAAAUGUCUACAAGUUUUACGGAAUGUGAACAUUUUCAUUGGGGUUCAUGCAAAAUGAAAAUACAACUCUUACUUGUCUUUUCAUGACUAAAGCACAAAACUGGAAUGGCUAUUUUCUUUUUGUUCUUGAGAAAAAAUGAAAAAACAAAAGUGCAUUUUGGCCUUUUAUGUUGGAUUAACUGGUUCAAACAAUAAUGCAGUAAAAUAAGGAGUUUUUCAACAAGAAAAUGAAAAAUAUUUACACUUAAAUCUUGUUUAGAGUUUGAAAAGUCAAGCUUGAUGUUUCAUAUUGUCUGUACAGCUUUUAUUCCCCUAAAAAAUUAGUAAAAACUGCAAAACUUUAUCAGUUCAAUGAUUUUCAGUAAAAUGUUUCAUCUAAAAUCUGUUACUGACAGAGGUUUUGCACAAGUCUUAAAGUUCUCUUUAAAUUGUUUUAAG